AUGCCGCGACUGAAACCAAAGGUGGGCCAGGCCCGCAGAAACACAUUUCCAACCGUUGUUCCUAUUACACAUGGACAUAAUGCAUAUGGAACCUGCGUUGCAACAAUUAGCUACACUGAGACAGACGAUCACAUGUUGUCACAAUCCUUCACCAGCCACCACGACUACUUCAACUACCAACCAAAAAUUGAUAUCCACGAUGAACCCCAUCUUAAACGCUCACAUAUUCCUACUCCGCUCCAGCUCCAACCCGAUGACAAUACACCCCUGUCGGCCGGUCCUUCAGGUUACAAAUACACGCCACUGUCCUUGCGCACCCCAGACCUCGAGUCCUUCCGCUAUGAUCAUGGCAUAGAAUUCAAAAGGCACCUCUCGAUCAAAGACACGGUCUUGAAAGCCCAGUGGCACCAGAUCUUCGAUGAAGACGCGCUACUAGCAAGAACAAAGCGAAGAAGUCUACAAUCUCUAAGAAUAUUGAAGACCAUUGUUCGUAGCAAGUUUGCCCGAGGGAAAGAAUUUUGGAAUGCAUUUUGCACCAGGUUUAAAAGGGAGUUCAAAGUCUCGCAGGUUGAGCAUUGUGAAGUUUGA